AAUUACAGCAACCAAGUUUACGGAUUUUUUGUUUCGCAGUCAUAGACAAAUCUUGAAAGAUGACGGAAUUCAACCUUAAGUGUUUCUGUUUUUCCAAAUUGUUUUUUAUUUCAAUUUUAUUGAUUGGUGGUAGUUAUGCUGCUUACCCUCCAGUGGGUGAUAUAAACUGCUAUAAAGGGAGCUGCGAGUCAGUGGAAUGCCAAAGUGUUGAUUGCAGUUUUGGUAAAUUGAUGACCAAUCCCAGUAGCUCCUGUGGAUGUUGUAAGCUGUGUCUGAGCUACAUAGGGGAAAAUGAGCCUUGUAGUCUGAACAUGAAUAACCAAGAAUGUGGCCCAGGUCUUACUUGUGCAGCCGCGUCUAAGAAUUCGAAAUCGGACUACAUAUGUGUAAAAAUGAACACGAAAUGCUUCGAAGCUCAAGAUGAAUAUGAAGUUCGGAAAUUAAGUGGUUCACUAGGAAUGUAUGAGACACGUCCCAGAUGUGACGACAAUGGUGACUUUAUUGCAAGAAAGUGCCAACCAGGUGGCAGCUGUUAUUGUGUCGAUAUCAACAACAAUCGGAUUUUUGGGGAAUCCCCGCCUAGUUAUGCUGCAACUGAUGCAGCCAUGAAUUGUGAAUGUUCCAGAGCUUAUCAACUGGCACUGGCGGGUUCGCUACAAUCGGUACAGUUUCCUCACUGCCUACCAAAUGGCAACUAUGAUACACUGCAGUGUGUAAAUCAAGCCUGUUUUUGCAUCAGUUCUACCAACCAAACCCUCACUUCUUCUAUCCAACCCAUUACUGCAAUUACGGAGUUACCGUGCUAUAACACUGACGUGCAUUCAGCUGAUUACUACCGGCCUUGCGAAAUGAAAAGGUUAAAGACUAAAUUUUUUGGGAAUAGUUACAUCCGCCAGAAUAUCACAGUACUUGGACUGGAACAACCGGAUUGUUCGCCAGAUGGAUUCUACCAAUCGAUUCUUGAGACAGAAUCCACACUUUACUGUGCAGAUCCUUAUGGGAAAAAAAUUGAAAAUUUCGAAAUCAACAAACCGGAUGACAGUUCUAUGAAUUGCAAAUGUGCGCGAACAAGAUUUUGGCUUACCAAUCAAAAAUUAGCCAAACCAAUCUGUUGCAGCAACGGGAACUAUCGACCAAUCCAAUGCCGAGGGGGGGUUUGUUUUUGUGUAGAUGAUGACGGAAAUCAGACUGGCCUAGAAGUUCAAGAGAAUAACUUAACUGAAUUACAGUGCUAUCAGUUAAAGCAAUAUCCUGAUUGCUGAUUAAUCUUUUAACAACAAGACAACAUUUACAUAUUUUAUGUUAACCCGAAAAUAGCACUUCAAGUUUCUGCGUAAAUUUAACGCUUAUAACAUUUUCCCCUGUUAUGGAAUACGCCGUCUUCUGGAAUGGUAAAA